UAACCAUAUAGAGAUCGGACAUAUGCUGGGCCCACACCAUGACUAUACUUUAUACGCCUAUAAAAAGUACGGCCGAGUCUACGGUUCCUACGAUUUAUUCCGCAAACUGCUUGUCAUCAAUGAACCGGAUCUGUUGCGUGACAUUAUGGUGAAAGACUUCAACGUAUUUCCCGAUCAUAAGCACAUGAAUCUCGGCUCAUCCACAGUCAAUAUCUCACUAUUCUUUCUUCCCGGUAAUGACCAGUGGAAGCGCGUUCGGUCCAUACUUUCGCCGGCUUUUACUUCGGGCAAACUUAAGGCUAUGAUGUCACACAUUUCGGACAUCUCCGACAAGUUUGUCCAAAGUUUGAAUAGUCACACAAAGACAGGUGCCGCAUUUAAUAUACGYGAACUGAUCGGUGCAUUUGCAAUGGAUGUGAUAUGUGGCUGUGCUUAUGGCAUAAACCUGGACUCAAUCAAAAAUCCUGAACAUCCCGUUGUGGUUAACGCCAAGAAAGUAUUAAACACUGACGUGAAUUUACGUCAAGUGAUCGGCCUAUUGAUGACACCGUUGGCUAAGUUAUUGAAACUGGAGUUCUUUGACUUGAAUGCCACCAAUUUCUUUGAGGAACUAACUAAUAAAAUUCUUCAGGAAAGACAACACAAAAAUAAUUAUACUGACAAAAGACGUACAGAUUUUAUACAAUUGAUGAUCGAUUCAGAGAAAACUGGUUCAGACAUAGGAUAUGAUUCGGGCGAUGAUUUAGAGACCAAUAAGUCGGUCAAUGAAGAUAACAGUAGGAUAACAACAAAGGGAUCUUUAACUCCCGAUGAGAUUACAGGACAGGGACUGUUGUUUUUCAUUGCUGGUUAUGAUACAACAUCCGCGUCGAUCACUAAUGCAAUCUAUUAUUUGUCUAAAAACAAAGAUUGUCAGCAAAAACUGUACGAAGAAAUUAAAACAGUGGAUGAGUUUACCUACGAUAAGCUGAAUCACUUGAAAUACUUGAAUGCAGUGCUCAAUGAGACUCUGCGAUUGGCGCCAUCAUUGGUACGCAUAAACCGGGAAUGUGUUCAGGACUACCAAUUGGGUAACACUGGUAUUACUGUACCGGCCGGCACAUCCAUCGAGAUAUACCCGUACGCACUACAUCGAGACCCGGAGUUUUGGCCCGAACCCGAACAGUUCAAACCGGAGCGUUUCCUCGAGCCUACACACCAUCCAUUUGCUUAUAUACCGUUUGGUGCCGGACCUCGAGUUUGUAUUGGACAGCGGUUUGCGAUGAAUGAGAUGCGGAUGUGUUUAGCAAAACUGAUCCAUAGUUAUGAUUUCAGUUUGGCUUCCGGUGCUAAACGCGAGUUCUUCAAAGGAGUACCUUUAAUGUCACCAAAAGAGCUUGAAGUUACUAUUAAGGCCCGAUAAAUAGCAUAUUUUAUUUUUAUUUAAUUAUCUUUUAAUCAAUUAUAGCUUUUAUAUGUAUA